AAUAUUCCUUCCUCCUACUUCAAAACCAUUAUUCAAUUAUGCCUCUUAUACCACACUUCUUAAAAUUACACAUCUAAAAAAUGGAGUAUUAUGGUGGCAACGUUAUAAUGAUUAUUGUGUUUCUCUACAUAAUGCUCAAGCAGUUACACGUUCUUUAGUCUCUAUGUUUGUACGAACAAAUAAGAAUCUCAAAGGAAUAGUGAUUUCUGAUUCUAAUGAACUUUUAUGUUUUCCAUCAACUGCAUUGUUUGCAAAUUAUAAACCUGGAUUAUCUCAAUUAGUUAGAUUAGAAUGUAGUUUUUAUACUUAUAAUAAUUUUACUACUUCAAUCGCAUUAGAAUUUUUAAAGGAUUUAACUACGAUAUGUACCAACCUUAGAAAAAUUUAUUUCACAUUCAGUUCUAUUAAUCCAAGUGAAGAAUUAAUUACAACUUGUUCAAACAUAAUUAAAGCUCAAAAGAAGUUAAAAACUCUCUAUAUCGGUCAAGCAGUACUCACACAAUGUAGAAAUCUGAGAUGGUUAGAAUUUGUAAAUUGUAAAGAGAUAACAUUGGAACAUUGUACUUCAUUGUUAAAUGAACCAUUAAAUAAUUUGAGAGGACUCAAACUUCUAAGUAGAAAUUUUGAUUCGCAUAUUAUAAAUUUUUUGGUUGAGAUGUGGGGUUCAACUUUAAAAAGAUUAUAUUUAAAUCAGAUUAAAACACGUGAAUUAUCAAAUCUCUUGAUAAACCGUUGUUUAAACCUUAAAUCUUUGCAUGUCAAUGUUAGAGAUGGAAAUGAAUUCUUAUUACCAUUUCUUAGUCAAUCUUCUCUUCAACAUUUGACUAUGAUAUCAUUUUAUACUGAACCUCUUUCAUGUGAAUUAGGUCAAAGUUUACCAGCUACUUUAAAAUGUCUAGAAUUAAGAAAAUAUUAUUUCACUUCAGAAAGUUUCGACAAAUUUUUAAACAAUUGCAAACAUUUGGUUAAAUUAGAAACGCUUAUCAUUGGAGUUUCUAUACCAGAUUUGAAUCAUUAUAUAAGUCUUUUAGAAUUCAUAAAGUCUUGUAAAAGCUUAAAAGAAAUUGUAUUUUAUUAUAUAAUAGAUGUUUCGAUGAAGGAAGAGUUUAAGAAGUGUG